AUGCUCUGCUCGACGUCGCCACCGAAGCGGCACUUCGAGAGCACGGCCGCGCUGCGGCAGGCGGUGCUGUGCAAAGAGGAUGAAUACAGCGAGUAUGAACAGUCUGUUCUUGAGGAGAUCAACGCGCUGCGCAGGGAUCCUGUUGCGUUUGCCUCGGUGGUGGGGUCGGAGGCAACGGUGGGGUACCCGUUUGUGCGGGACGAUCCGCUUCCGGCGCUGUGCUCGGAGAUGACGCUUGAGCAGCUUCGCGUGUACAUUGAGGACUUCCAGCGGGAGCAGCGGGAGGUGAAGGAGUCACUGCAGCAUAUACGGAAGGAAUGGAUUGAGUCAGAGGCGGCCAUGAGGGAGCGGUGGGGACUGGAGGAUUUGGAGCGCGCGAAAAAGGCCAGGCGGAGCGGUGCAGUUGGCCGCAAGCAACGCUCCCAGCCGAUGAAGGAGGAAGACUACGUCGUGGAUAGGCAGCGCGCCGCACAGGAGCUCACCGACCGCUACACGCAGCAGUCGGCGGAAGCCAACUCGAGAUUGCUGCACGUGGAGCGCUCCUGCAGGUGGGCGAUUGACGGGGCAAACCUAAUCAUCAGGUGCGUGAAGGAGCUACAGGAGGUGAAGGCGGUGCCGGAGCUCGCGUACAGCCGCAGCCUGACACUUGCCGCGCGAGACAUCGGGAGCGAGUGCCACCAGGCAUCUCGCAUGAAUCUGUCAUCGUCAAAUACGCCACCGCUCGUAACCUCCACUCCACCGGGCAACACGGUUGGUGCUGGGGAAGCACUGCGGCUCCCGCAAAGUCAGGGUUUUUUGAGCAGCGAACACAGCUUAUCUAUGAUGCGUUCACCAAUGUUACAGCCAACAUUUUCAGAAGAGUGGGGUCACACCACAUUGCAGCAGAAUGACAGUAACCGGAACAAUGAGAACGGCCUCCUGGACACGCUGCACCCGCGGAGGGAGGAUGAUUUUGACCGAGCGACCGCCUCGCUGUUGGGUUCGUACAUGGCUUUUUCAGAACACCACACCCCGCAUACUUUUCCAACGCACGAGCUUACCCACGAGAGUGAGCACCUUGCGAAGGCGGCAAUGAACGCCUGCAGCCACUAUGGGUAUUAUUCUGGUGUUAUUCGUGGGAUGCAGCUUUGUGGUGCCUUUGCUCCACGCAAGAUGUUAAUUCGGAUGCUGCUUGGGAUGCGUGCGUCACAGUUUACUGUGCAGGCACAAAAUGCCACUCGUGACGCAAGUGAGUCUCCACUUUUUCCUCCAACAAAACAUACGAAAACGAGCCCGCUUCUUUGGGCCAAUGGUCGCCUGUUCGGUGGUGGUUGGGUUCGGUCACCAGACGGGACGGUGAGCGUCACCAUCCUCAUCGCCACCAGUUUUGAGGAGCUGAGCGUCAUUCACGAACGCCAUGAUUUUACUCUUCCGCAGCUGCAUCGCAUCCUUAACGGUCCCGGCGCAGUUUCCCUGCAAGCAGAACCCACUCGACAGGCUGUGGUGCACAUUCAGUCCUCACUGGGCGUCGAAGUUGUGGAGCCCGUAGCGCAUCCCAUACUGGUGAGUAGGGGGCAGCGUGUGGCGCGGGUGCUUGUGCGGGCGGAUCCAAACACCGCUGACCUCACCGCGACGGUGUGUUGCGCUUUCGAGCCAGUUCCCUCCGUCCCACUGCUAGACCACGAGUUGUUGCUGGUGCAGCGCAGCCGCAAUAACAUUCAAGAGGUGGAGAUCCUACUCGACAUGGAAGCGGCGUGGCACCGCUGGUCAGGCCAACCCCUUCUCGUGCAUUUGUUUGAGCGGGACAAGAGCGCCAAUGUUAUGGGUUCGUUUACAAGCAUUGGCUUCGUUCGUGUGACUACGGUGCAGCGCGCCAGCGACCGUUCCUUGAGCCUCAUACACUCCACUUCCCUGCUGUCUGCAGGAGAGAAGGACGCCGUGGUGGCUCGGAUGCCACCGGUUUUACUACACAGGAGGUGUGAGGCGCCUAUGGAGGUAAAGGAGGAGCCGUACGGCUGGCCACUCGUGACUAUGAACUUUCAGGAGCUCUGCGCAACCAUCAUUGAACCGCUUAGGGGAACGUUGAUUGCAGACGGUGAAAUGCGGCAUAUCGCCAUACAAAUACCACACUUUGCCUACCUGCAGCGCAGCAUUGAGAACGUUCAGCUUCUGCUUGCAAAGGAGUCGUUUUUUGAGUGCUCGGCGAGUGGAGGCCCGCAGCGGAUGAACGAGGUGAUCACCUCUACGAUGGUCAAAUUGAAGGCUGCUGAGGAGGAGUUACAGGAGCAUGAGGGCCCCGCGCAGCAGCAAUUAGCACAACUUCAAAAAAGCAUGGCGAAAAAGCGCGGCAAAGAACUGGCCAGGCUUAAGCGACAGGAGGAUGAGCUGUUGCAGCGCACUUUUGAAAUGAAACACAAUGUUGAGGACUUACGCCAAACCCUGGUGGAUGCGCAGGAGGAGUUGGUGCACCUGGGACGUGAGUGCACUCUUCGCGCCAAACGUCAGCAGAAUUUGCGUAAUGAGUACGAACGGCUAAGCGCAUGCGCCAACCGUACGAACCCGCUCCACGUGGAAGUCGUGCUUGUCGCUGAGGACACCAUGCUGAGCGCUGUGGUGAAGAAUAUCCGGCUGCUCCCGAUUGACGCCAGCUGGACACUGUACGAGGGGGAUGUGCGGUUGACGCAGGGAUUCAAGGGAAACGCUGUGCUUCUGGUGAAUGGGCAGGAGACGGUGCGGUGGGAGGUGCGCCCGGGGUACUAG